AUUCCUCGAUGUUGAGCUUUGGCACUGUGAACAUGAGAGUCGCGAUGGCAGGCUGCUCACUGUGCGCACCUGAUACACAGGAUGAUCAACCCUGAGGACUUCGAGUUUCGUCAACUUCGCCGAUUUCGUUUGUGGGAGGUUUUGGGGAACUCGCUGCACAUCCCAACCUCACAUCGCGGGCAGUUUCAGUGUGUGACGUACACGGGCAUAUUCUAUGCGAAUGUGGCCAUGCUGGUCUCGACCGUUGAUCUGGGAUAUCGGAUACCAUCUAGUUCGGCGAGUCAACAAGUGUCCAAAACUGACGAUACUUACGUGGAUCGGUUGUGGACUGCCCUCUCCUAUUGGGCGAAAGCGCCUUCACCUUCAGGCAGUUAUGCACACACUUCCGACGGAUCCGCAGCACAAAACGACCUUUUUCACACGACUGUGCUUGCAAUCACCAUCCAAAAAGCUGUAGAGUCUCAAAUGACCUACGCCGAGUCUGUCGACAGCCCUGGGGAAGGAACCAUCGCAAAAGGAAGGCUUCACACGGGAAGUCUGCUAGGAAGUUUACAUUAUGCACUGGCAUUAACGUGGAAUGCCAGGAGUUCAUGGGACAACGUCACCGUGUGGACACCAGAACACUCACAACGCUUGGCUGAAGAGUGGAUUGCCUGCAUUCAUCAUGGAUACCGGGGGAGCCCAAAGAAGGCACUGCGCAAGCUGUUGAACCACUUAUCUGAUCAGUGCAAGCACGCUUGGGAUACAUAUAUCAGCGGCAACCCGAUGGUGGUGAUGGAUCGCAUCGUCCGAAAGAGAAAGGCGUGGGCUAUCAGAACCUGCGCCAUGUUCCGUCGACACGUGUUAGCCGCCACGGCUGUCGGAGAUUAUGCCCAAGUGAAGCUCUACAUCGAACAAGUUCUCUCCGAGUACCGCUCCCAAGGAGGCCUCUUCAUCUCAGACGAGAAAGCCAAACCCAUACCCCUCCUCAUCGACCAAACCGGCAUCGGCGACCUCACCCGCCCGGGCUCCCCAACCUCCCUCAUCGAGCCCCGCCGCUCACCCAGCAUCUCCACCGACUACUUCCGCAUGCGCGGCUCCCCAACCCCGGACGAAAACGCCAGCGUUCGCGGCCUAAUGUCCCCGCGCAGCGUCCGAUCCGAACGCACGCUGAUGUUUGCGGAAGCUGAGGAGCUAGCGGAUUACAGAGCCGCGCAGGAUGGGAAGCAUUUGGUGGUGUUUGUGCAUGGCCUGCUGGGAUCUGCGUAUGAUUUUCGGCAGUAUCGGAAUAAGGUUAUCAAUGCGAGAUUGAAUAUGGGGAUACCGGCCGAUGAGAUUAUGUUUUUGAAUAGUGAUUCGAAUGAGGAGGAUACUUUUGAUGAUAUUUCUAUGCUGGCGGAUAAUCUUGUCAAGGAGAUAAUGGAUUUCGUCGAAUCCAAUCUAUUCCGAGUCGGACGAUUGAGCUUUGUAUGUCACUCACUCGGUGGCCUCAUCGCCCGAUGCGCAGUUGAGAAGCCCGCUAUGGCGGUAUUUCGGGACAAACUGGAUACCUUUACUACUUUCGGUACACCGCAUCAGGGGAUCGACGCCGUCGACAACAAGGUGUUAGGCUUUGUGGCAAACGCCUACCGGUACCUCGACCGCUCCCCCGCCCUUGACCAACUCCUCCUCCGCGACGCCGACGACAAACGCCAAUGCCUCCUCUACAAACUCGCCACCGAGUCCACAGCCUUGCAACAAUUCCGCACCGUCCGUCUCUUUGGCGGCGCGCAAGACGGGUACGCGGGGCUCGCGAGCGCGCUUAUGGUUGAACGGCCACGAAGCAAUGGGGGGCUGGAUAACUCGAGAAGCAGUGUGGUGAAUGAGUUGUCACAAGCGGGGGAUCAGGGGUGGUUGUGGACGCGGUGUGCGCCGAUUUGUGUUGCGUUGCCGUGUGUGCCGUUAGGGAGUGGACAGCACCUCUCACCGGUUCUGUCGCCGCUUACGUCACCGCUUUCACCGGCGCCUGCCCCUUUCGGGUCAUUCUCAUCUUCCACCACCCACGGGGAUACGCAACAACAAGACUCGCCACUGCAAAGCAAUGAGAUCGCCUGUGCAGAGAUGCUGGUGGGCCUGACGCGCGCGCUGGCAGCGACGCAGGCGGAGCGGUAUGUGGCGUGGUUCCCGGCGCUUGCGAAUCGGAGGGAUUUGCUGGGCAGGUUGGCGCAUGUGGCUUUUUUGGAGGAUCCGAUGUUUUUGGAGGUGGCGGCUGUUUUGGCGAAUUUCCAUUUGGCUGGGUGAUUUCAUUAGGGCUGAAUCGGAGCCGAGUGUGCGUACAUAGUUUUCUGCUGUUUCCGAGAUGUGAUGGUCGCGAAUUGCUUCAUAGCUUUGUACAUAUUGACCAUAUCAAUGCAUUUUCUAA